AUGGCGCGGCACGUGUUGUUAGAGCUUCUGAGGAUGCAGAUUCAAACCUGGCCUGCUAAAGUUCCUGAUCCCACUCCCCAUUUUUUCCUCAUUAGUGCCCACGGAGUGAGAGAGGAGCCCCAGUUUGUGACGGCCCGUGCAGGAGAGAGUGUUGUUUUGGGAUGUGACGUGAGCCACCCCCUAAACGGCCAGCAGACUCCCUAUGUGGUGGAGUGGUUCAAAUUCGGUGUGCCUAUCCCCUUCUUCAUUAACUUCCGUUUCUAUCCUCCUCAUGUGGACCCUGAGUAUGCCGGUGCCCACGGAGUGAGAGAGGAGCCCCAGUUUGUGACGGCCCGUGCAGGAGAGAGUGUUGUUUUGGGAUGUGACGUGAGCCACCCCCUAAACGGCCAGCAGACUCCCUAUGUGGUGGAGUGGUUCAAAUUCGGUGUGCCUAUCCCCUUCUUCAUUAACUUCCGUUUCUAUCCUCCUCAUGUGGACCCUGAGUAUGCCGGUAGAGCCAGUCUACAUGGCAAAGCGUCUUUGCAGAUCGACCAGGUGCGCUCAGAGGACCAGGGCUGGUACGAGUGCAGGGUCCUCAUGCUGGAGCAACAAUACGACACCUUCCACAACGGCAGCUGGGUUCACCUCACAGUCAACGCACCCCCUACGUUCACGGACACGCCACCGCAGUACGUGGAGGCGAGGGAGGGUGGCAGCAUUACUCUGACCUGCACUGCCUUCGGAAACCCCAAGCCGGUGGUCACCUGGCUGAGAGAGGGGGAUCAGCUGACCAGCAACAAGAAAUACACGGUGAGUGACGGUAGUCUGACGGUGCAGGCCAUCACGCGGGAGGACCGGGGGGCCUACAGCUGCCAUGCUCACAGUGACCAGGGGGAGGCGCUAUAUACCACCCGCCUUCUGGUGCAAGGUCCUCCAUACAUCGUGUCACCACCUGAGAACAUCACUGUUAACAUAUCCCAGAAUGCCCAAUUUACGUGCCAAGCAGAGGCGUAUCCUGGCAACCUGACCUAUACCUGGUACUGGGAGGAGGACAACGUCUACUUCAAGAAUGAUCUGAAGCUCCGUGUUCGCAUCUUUAUUGACGGAACCCUCAUUAUCUACAGAGUGAAGCCAGAGGAUGCUGGGAAAUACACCUGCAGCCCAAGUAACAGUCUGGGCAUCUCCCCCUCUGCUUCAGCUUACCUGACCCUGCAAUACCCUGCCCGUGUUGUGAACAUGCCACCUGUCAUCUACGUCCCAAGAAAGUUGCCAGGAAUUAUACGCUGCCCAGUGGAUGCCAACCCUCCAGUUACAUCAGUCAGAUGGGAGAAAGAUGGCUACCCCCUCAGAAUCGAGAAGUAUCCUGGAUGGAGUCAGAUGGCAGACGGAAGCAUUCGGGUGGCAGAGGUCACUGAAGACUCCCUUGGCACCUACACCUGUGUGCCUUACAAUGUCCUAGGUACCAUGGGACAGUCCCCUCCGGCCACUCUGGUGCUAAAGGACCCCCCUUACUUCAACGUGAGGCCCGGGGGGGAGUACCGUCAGGAGGCGGGAAGAGAGCUGGUCAUCCCCUGCGCUGCUUCUGGAGACCCUGAGAUUCCAACCAUCGUAUGGAGAAAGGUCGGGAAGCCCAGCCGAAGCAAACAUAACAUCUUACCAAGUGGUAGCUUGCAAUUUGUGUCUCUAAGCAAAGAGGAUCAUGGGGAGUGGGAAUGUGUUGCCACCAAUGUAGUAACAAGCAUCACUGCCAGCACACGCCUUUUUGUAAUAGGCACUAGUCCACAUGCGCCAACUAAUGUCCACGUGUCAGCAUCCACAAGCUCCGCUAAUGUUUCCUGGGAACCUGGAUAUGACGGAGGCUUUGAACAGACGUUCUCGGUCUGGUACGGCCCGGUAAAGGUGAAGAAUGAUUUAGGGCCACAUGACUGGCUGUCCAUACCUGUGCCCGGCUCUCAGACGUGGUUGGUGGUCCAGGGGUUGGAGCCAAAGACUGCCUAUCAAUUUAGUGUGCUGGCCCAGAACAAGCUGGGCACCGGCCCCUUCAGUGAGGUAGUCACUGUGACUACAGGAGGGUAUCCCAUAAGUACCCCUGAACCACUGGUGCUUCUAACUCCACCACGGUGCCUCACAGCCAACCGGACACAGCAGGGUGUUUUGUUGACAUGGCUUCCUCCGGCCAAUCACUCUUCACCAAUUGACCAUUACAUCAUCGAGUUCCGUCUGGGGGAAAGGUGGGAGGUUCUGGAUGACUUGAUUCCUGCCACUGAGACUGAAAUCAUAGCAAGAGAUCUUAUUCAGGACUCUUGGUAUGAAUUCCGAGCGCUAGCUGUAAUGGAUGAUCUUGUCAGUGAGAGCAGUAAUGUGGUGGGAGUGUCAAGUACAGACCCCUUCCCUCCCACAGAGAUCUCAGACGAGGGGCUGGCCAAGCCAGUGGUGGCCGGCAUCGUGGCCACCAUCUGUUUCUUGGCGGCUGCUAUUCUCUUCAGCACGCUCGCUGCAUGUUUUGUCAACAAGCAGCAUCGUCGCAAGCUUAAACGCAAACGAGACCCUCCACUAUCGAUUACGCACACAAGGAAAAGCAUUGAAUCUCCGCCUCCUCUUACCCCCUUGCCUGGCAUUGAGCCCUACUGGGAAGAGCCAGACAGGAGCAGCUACAGGCCCCCAUCCACCAGCCCUCAGCUGUCCUCUGGGAAGAUCAGUCCUGAGAGCAUUACUUCCUCCCGGUCCCCAUCUCUGGCCAGCAUGGGUGGCCAUGGUCUUUACGUUAAGAAGUUGCCAAGCCCUAGGAAAGAGAAAGAGCUUUCCCUCUAUAAGAAAACCAAGAGAGCAAUAACCAGUAAGAAGUACAGCGUGUCCAAGCACGAGGCUGAGGUCACCACGCCCAUCGAGCUGAUCAGCCGUGGACCUGAUGGCCGAUUCAUCAUGGACCCCAGUGACAUCGACACGUCCCUCAAGCCACGACGCAUUGAGGGUUUCUCUUCAGCACGCUCGCUGCAUGUUUUGUCAACAAGCAGCAUCGUCGCAAGCUUAAACGCAAACGAGCUGUAUUGCAUUAUUUCAGCUUCAGCAUUGCAGUGGUUGAGGGAGGAGCUGAGGAUCCAUCAGUAUGGCGCCCCCAGCCAUGCCCUCCCACUGGUGCAUAGCCCUCCCUCCUCUCGCUCGACCGAGAUCUGGCAGCCUCCUGACUUCCCCUUUCUAGGUCAGGAGGGUCCCCGUCUCGCUCUUCCACCACGUCAUUCAUCAUUCUAUCUCCACCGGGACCUCCCCGAGCCCCCGCCAUACCCCUCCCAUAGUCGUACUCUUAGCACCACCUCUCAGCUCCCUUCAAGCUCUGCUUUCCUCCAGCUAGAGGCCCCUAGAGCCCACCUGAGCAGAUCUCCCGGCAGGUUUCCACCUCAGGGCCUUUCAGCCAAGCAUAUAACUAUGCAACAGGCCCAGACUCUGGGGCAGUUGAGACACACUGCCCACGGUAUGGGCGUACCAGUGUUGCCUUACUCAGGCGCCACGGCCCGCAUGGGGAGCCCCAGCACACUGCACAGUGAGAGCUCGGACGGCUGGAGGUCUGAGGCCCAGCCUUGGCUGAGCCCCAGGGCGGCACGAAGGAUGGAUCUCGGCCUGCAGCAGGUGGUCCUGCAGCCGUCACGACUCUCCCCUCUCACCCAGACCCCUCCCAGCUCACACGCCGGCUCUCCAGACAUUCUCGUCCGCCCUCCUCCCCGCCCCAGCAUCCUGCGGUCUUCCCGCUCUCAAGAGAUGCCCGAGAGCGCCCGCCACCCCGCCAGUGUCUCCUUCUCCCGAAGGUCUCUCUCCUCUUCCCCUGCCACUUCACCUACCCAAGGCCAGAGCGGGCAGCGGCCCAGCCUCAGCUACCGUGCACACAUGGCCUUUGCCACAGCCGCGGCCAGCUACCCCUCUCAGUCCCCUUCACCCCCUACGGAGAGCAGUGAUGCUUUCGGCCAGAUGCCAUCUCAGAGAAGGACAGAUGAGGAGAUGCUCCCCUCAGAACCCUCUCCAGGGGAGCAUCUAGGUGCAGUGAGAGUCCCUGCAGGGUCUGAGAGCUUUGAAGCACUGAUUUAUUAUUGUAUUAAUAAAGCCAAGAAAUCAACAGCCAACAAGAACAACAACUCCAGAUUCAAGAAAAGGACAGAUGUGUCCACCUCUCAGACCCAGCAGCCGCAUGCAUCUCAGGCCUCUGAGCAAAGAGAACAUCUCAGCUCUCCCUCAAAGAAAAAGUGGAAAAGUACAAUUAGAAAGUCCCCCUGUCUUCAUCUGUCCUCUCUGUCGCGCUGGCUUCACCCCAGAGAAGACAGAAAAUCCCUCCUGGCCAGUAUGGACCCUGCCUCCUCAAACUAUGGUUCUCUGCUCUGAGAGCCCCCCCCCCAAAAAAAAAAAAAACUCACUAAAACUUAUCCUGUGGGGCGGAUCGUCUCCUUGUCCAUUAGCAAAAAUGUACAAUGGACAAGCUCUCAGUACUGUUUUGUAAUCAGCCUAAACUAGAUAUGAUUUUUUAUGUUCUUCGGUUGGCACAAUAUACUACACAUAUCUGUAUUUUCUGUAAAUUUACACAAAGGAAAAACGUACAGGGGUGCUCUUUUGGAAGAAACAGAAAAGGACAGGACAAAAGCUAUUCAUUUGAUAAUAAAAAGAAAAUAAUAGCAUUCCAUUACAUGCUAGGAAAAAUCUUGCUGGCCACUUUGUCAUAACGUUGUCAGAACUGUGUAUAUUGUGAAGGAUAGAGUUAAAUGCUCUGUACAAAUAUUUCUCUCUAGACAUGAUAAUUAAUACAGGGUUUCUUUUCUUCCUUCUACAAAAUAUACCUCAAAAAAGAGAAUAGAAAAAAAGAGAAAAGGAAUAUAUGAUCUGGAACAUAUUUCAGCACUUCUACCAUAUUUUGUGCAAGCUAGCAUAUUUCAUUUUGGAUGACGAAUGUUGUCUGUUUGUGGCAAAGCUUUGACAGCAUUACAGAACAUGAGGGAUUAAUUUAAGCCCAGAAAUUACAAUGUAUUUAUUUAUAAAAUACUAAACAUUAAAUAUAAAGCACAGAAUAUCAUAGAAAUUGUAAGCUUGAAAAGAAUGACUGCGGUACUAGACUGGUCCUGCGACAAUGUUUGAACAGUUUCUCAGAUUUGUACAAUUUCAUGCAAAGGCAGGUGGAAUUGAAAACAUGUUUUCUUAUUUAUUUAUUUUUUAAAUAAUUGACAUUAUAUUUGACUAACAUCAUUGGACAGCUUUAAGGCAUUUUUUAAUCUGUGGUUUGAGGAAGAUUAAUAUUAGCCCCCUGCUGAAAAAAAGAUUCAGGUUCACUUUCAAUUUUAGAAAUAUCCUUUGUGACAUGUUCAGAAGUGCAAAUGUAAUAUUUAAACUGAAGUAGAAUUACUUGGUCCUUGUCUUGCACAAAUGUAGUUAGAAGUGGUGAAAUGCAUUAUUAAUCUUUGCAUCACUUCCUUGAAAUAAAUAAUUUGUUAUAUGUUUGCUUUGGACAUACAAUACACCAAGGAAGUACAGUAGAUAUUGUGCAGACUAAUGAAGUCAUCAAUGUAACAUAGAAAAGUGAAAUAGUCCUUAUUCUAAUCAGUUGAAGAAAAAAAAGAUUACCAGUCUUCUUGGUUACUUUCUACCUACAAAAGUGGACCUCUAAAAUAGCUCGACUCUUUUUGAAAAAAAAAAAUUUUUUAAAGGCACAAUAUGUAAUUUUCGCUGCUG